AUGGAUAAGCCUACCGCGGCUCGUGGCAGCGGAGCCCGACCGGGUUCUAUGGCGUACCGAGCGAGAUUGGCGAUGGUACCACAGCCGGAGAUGGCACUAAAAUGCCCACGUUGUGAUUCUACAAACACCAAAUUCUGUUAUUUCAAUAAUUACAGCCUUACUCAGCCGAGACACUUUUGUAAAACCUGCCGGCGGUACUGGACGCGCGGCGGCGCUCUUAGAAAUGUGCCGGUCGGUGGAGGGUUUCGUAAGAACAAGAAGAAGAAGAAAUCUAACCGAUCUAAGUCUCCAAUUGCUACUCAAAUUGAAAUGGGAAAUUCAAGAACAAUUGAGAGCCAUUUCCCAUCACAAUCUUUUCAAUUACCUUCAAUUCCAUCUCUCUCUCGCUUUGGAGCAAACAACUCAGCCCUAAACUUCGCCGGAAUUCACAUCGGAAACACAAAUUCCGGCAGGGAAUCGGAGCAAUGGCAGCGUUCUCAGCAACAACUGCCGUUCAUCAUUGCCGGACUCGAACCACCAACUCCCGCCGCUGCUUACCCACAAAACCUUCAAACCGAAGUCGACAACUUCGGUUGCCACCAACAAAUUCAGAAUUCGACACCCUUUUUUAGGAUUCCGAUGAAAAACAAAGAACAAGAACAAGAACAAGGAAUUUUAUCGAACUUCCUACGACCAGCGGAUCAAAACAGCCACUUUUGGGGAUGUGAUCAUCAAAAUUCAUGGACGGAUUUAUCAGCUAUCAGUUCAUCUUCAAGCAGCCAUCUUUUGUAAGAAUUUAUGUUAAUGUAACCUUAAAAAAAACAAAAAUAAAUGUAGAGAGUCAAUAUCGUGAUGUUCUAAAUUUGGUUUGUCGUGUUCUUAUUUUAAGAAAACCCCCUCCUUUUUCUUUGGGUAUCAAAUUAUUUGUUUUGUUAUAUCAUAUGUUAU